AUGGCGUGUCCGGUUCAGUUCCUCUGCCGGGGGCUUCGCACCGUUGGCCUGGUUCUGCUCUACUAUGUCUUCUCCAUAGGGAUCACAUUUUAUAACAAAUGGCUGAUGAAGGGUUUCCAUUAUCCCCUCUUCAUGACCCUGGUGCAUCUCACCAUCAUCUUCUCCCUGUCGGCUUUGACCCGGUGGGUCUACACGGCCGUCUGCGGAGCAGGAAAACCCCGUGUGGUCCUGAGCUGGAGAGACUACCUCUUUAAAGUGGCUCCCACUGCCUUAGCGACAGCUCUGGAUAUUGGACUUUCCAAUUGGAGCUUCCUCUUCAUCACAAUUAGCUUGUACACCAUGACCAAGUCUUCAGCAGUGCUGUUUAUCCUCUUUUUCUCUCUAGUGUUCAAACUGGAGGAGCCGAAUCCUUACCUGAUCGUGGUGGUGCUGCUGAUCUCCUGCGGCCUCUUUAUGUUUACGUUCGAGUCGACCCAGUUUAACCUGGAGGGCUUCAUCAUGGUGCUGCUGGCCUCUUUCCUCGGGGGAAUCCGCUGGACCCUCACUCAGGUCCUCAUGCAGAAAGCAGAGCUGGGCCUUCAGAACCCAAUAGACGCCAUGUACCACCUUCAGCCGCUCAUGUUCCUCGGCCUCUUCCCCCUCUUCCUCUACAAUGAAGCUCUGAGCCUCGGCACAUCGGAGAAGUUAUUCCGGGUGACCGAGCUCUCCUCCCUCCUGUACUCGCUCUUCACGCUGGGCAUCGGGGGCUCGCUCGCCUUCGGUUUGGGCUUCUCCGAGUUCCUGCUCGUCUCCCGGACCUCCAGCCUGACGUUGUCCAUAUCGGGGAUCUUUAAGGAGGUGUGUACUCUGCUUCUGGCUGCAUCUCUGAUGGGAGACAAACUGACUGCCGUUAACUGGCUGGGCUUCGUUGUGUGUCUGUGUGGCAUUUCAUUACACCGGAACUUGCGCGUGCCGACCUCGCACCUCUGGAAUGCCGCGCGGAGACUUUUCGGAAGGACUAACCCGGACUCACCGAACCGCCAGGCGCCUCUCAUGUCUCCUAAUCAUUUUGCCACAUUAUGCUCACCUUCCUGGGGAAUGCUGUGCUUCCUGCUCAGUGUCCUCCUGCUCCGGUCCUCGGGGGUCCGCGGCCAAGGUCGCCUGAAGCUGACGGUUCUGUCUGAGGACAGACUUCAGAUGAAGUGGAGGGAGGCUGACGGUCCCAUUCAGGGCUAUAAAGUCCGAGUGAGACCGAUUUCAGAAGUGCCGCAACCGGAGCUAAUGCUGACCACCACCAGGGGCAGGGCGACGGUGGCCGGACUGGACUCCAGUCAGGAGUAUUCACUCCAAGUCCUCGAGGAGGAGACGAUCCGCAGCGGCAGCCGCGAGCAGAAGAAGAAGCUGCUGCCCGGAGGGUCGGGCUCCGGGGAUCUGGACGAGGCAGCAGAUGUCCUGUUGGGUCGGCCAACCGUUCUGUACCCGGACUCCACCACCCCAACGGCGGCUGCCGCCCCAGACACGGAGCCCUCAACAACAGGAACGCCGUAUAAAGUCACAGAUGAGGCCUCGGAGAAAACCACCAAAGAGAAGAAGAAGAGAAAAAAGGACAAAGAAAGGCACCGUUCCACGGUGGAGAAGAAGGAGGAGCAGGGGACGAAACAGGGCAAAGUCACAGAGGAAAAAGCCCGGAAGACAUCCCUCCCAACACAGCCUGUAACAGGGCCGUCUCCAAGGAAACCAUACCAGUGCAGCAGCGACGCAGCAGCCGACAUCGUGCUGUUGGUGGACGGCUCCUGGAGCAUCGGACGCACCAACUUCAGGCGGGUCAGAGACUUCUUGGAAGGGCUGGUUACGCCUUUCCAUAUUGGGCCGGCCCACAUUCAGAUUGCUUUGACCCAGUACAGCGGAGACCCUCGCACUGAGUGGCAGCUCAACAGCUUCACCACUAAAGACCAGAUUUUGGAGGCGGUGAGAAAUUUUAGGUAUAAAGGAGGAAACACGUUUACAGGACAGGCCCUGCUCCACGUCAUGGAGGAGAACAUGAGGCCGGAGGCGGGCGCCAGAUCGGACACGCCGUUUUUCCUGGUGCUGCUGACCGACGGGAAAUCUCAGGAUGACGCCAUUGCAGCGGGAAACCGGCUGAAGAAUUCAGGCGUGGAAAUCAUCGCUGUAGGGGUGAAGAACGCAGAUGAAGCCGAGCUGAGACAGGUGGCUUCGGAGCCCGUGGAUGUGAACGUCUACAACGUGAAUGACUUUCCUCUGCUCAGCAAGCUGGUGGCACGACUGGUCCACAUCCUGUGUAGGAGGAUAGAAGACCGCGGCAUCUCAAAACGAAUGGAGCCUGGUCCCACAGCAGACCCAGCCCUCUCCUACCCAAGUCCAACUGAUCUCCGCUUUUCUGACCUGGGAUCCAGAGAGGUGCAGCUGCACUGGAUCAACCCGUCCGAGCCCGUCCAGCAGUACAGGGUGGUGUACCACAGUGCCGAGGGCCAGAGUCCCCAUGAGGUGGUGGUGUCCGGCUCUGAAUCAACGGUGCUGCUUGAUGGCCUCUCGUCUCAGACGCUCUACCACAUCUCCAUCUUUCCGGUGUAUGCAGACAACGUCGGCCUGGCGCUCAGAGGAACCGUCACCACCUUGGCACUGGCCAUGCCGACCGACUUGGAGGUGACUCCCUCCUCCUACAGCACGCUGCGAGUGAGCUGGAGCCCAGCGGCUGGCGCCACUCAGUACAUGAUCCUGUACUCAGCACUCAGCCACGGAGAGCCCGACGACGCAAAGGAGGAGAAGUUCAGGGCGGAUCAGACUGUGGUGGAGCUGGCCGGGUUACUGCCGGCAACAGACUACUCCGUCACACUUUACGCGCUCUAUGACGAAGAUCCAAGUGAUCCCGUCACUUCUGUUGCCACCACAUUCCCUCUCCCAGCACCAGUCAGUGUUCAGUUCCCUCUGGUCGCCCACAGUACGCUGAGGGUGAGCUGGGUGCCUGGUGCUGUGGAUGUCCCGGCCCACAGGGUCACGUACAGCACCAACCACGGCAGUGACACCAAGCAGGUGGAGGUGACGGGGCUGAACUCUGUGCUGGUGCAGAACCUCUCAUCUCUGUCCAGAUACCUGGUGUCUGUCCAGUCUCACUACCCACAGGGACUGUCAGCGGCUGUCACCAGCAACGUCACCACCUUGAAAGUGCCUUCGCCCUCCGACCUGAGGGUGACCAAUUUCUCAGGCAGUGACAUCACGGUGCGCUGGGAGGCUGCGGCAGACGAUGUUGUUUCUUACCUCAUAAAGUGGAUUUCUUUAAGUGGAGGAGACCUGAGACAGUUGCGCGUGAAUGGAGACAGUGAAGGAGUUAUUCUGGAGGGUGUAGAGGAUGAUAAAGAAUACCAGAUCUCUCUGUCUGCCCUCUAUGGAGACGGGGCUCAGAGUGAAGCUGUGGCCAUUCGCUACAGCACCCUGGCGGGUGGAGGCCCCUCCGGCGUGACGGUGUCUGAGGAGACGGCAGUCAGCCUGUUGGUCAGCUGGGUGCCCCCCAACGCGCACGUGCUGCAUUACCGCGUCACGUACACGGCGCUGACCGGAGCCGAGACUCAGGACGGCACCGUGCUGGUCCCAGGUGCUGAUAAGCAGGUGCUUCUUGAGUCUUUGCAGCCAGACACGCGUUACAGCAUCUUGGUCACCGCAGAGUAUCGCAACACAGAGGGAGGCAGCGGCUCAGCACAAGGAAAAACUGACCACUCCAGCAUCUGUGUGUCCUGGAGGCCGGUGUCUGCUGUCCACGGGUACCGGAUCGUCAUCCAGUCGGUUAAAGACAAGCAGGCGAAGCAGGAAGUGGUGGACGAGUCCAGCAGCAGCCACUGCUUCUCGGACCUGGAGCCUGAGACUCUGUAUCGCAUAAGCGUGCACUCGUUACUCGGCUCAGUGGAGGCCGCCGCCGUCUCCAUCCUCCAUCCAACAGCCACAGCUCCUGCCAGAAUUCCCAUCCAUCCCCGGCUGCACCCGAUCCACAACGAAGUCUGUCCUGAAGUCACCAUCAGAAACAGCAUCGUUAAAGGGUUCGACAUGAUGGAGGCGUUCGGCCUGACGCGGAGGGCCCACUCCUCGGUGGAGGGCGUGGCCGCGGAGCCUUUCGUUUUUAACACCCUCCCCACCUACACUCUGUACAGAGAUGUCCAGCUGACCCAGAGCACCAGGUUCAUUCACCCUGCAGGUUUCUCCUCUGAGCACACCAUCAGCAUUGCCUUCCGCCUGCUGCAGGACACUCAGAAGCAGCCCUUCGCUCUUUGGCAGCUCACCGAUAACGACUUCCAACCGAAGAUGGGAGUGGUGCUUGACCCAUCUACCAAACACCUGCUGUACUUCAGUCUGGACUACAGGGGAGAGGUCCACCUGUCUGUGAGCCAGGUGAGCGUCUCCCUGUCUGUGGACUGUCAGCACGUGGGCGAGAGGCCCGCCCGGCCUCUUGGCAUUCUGCCCACCGACGGCUUUGAGAUGCUGGGAAAGCUUACCAAGACCCGAGGUCCAAACAGUGGAUCAGCCGCAUUCCAGCUGCAGUCCUUUGAGAUGGUCUGUAACACCACGUGGGCCUCGGAGGACACCUGCUGCGACCUGCCUGGAGUGGGGAAACCAGGUCCUCGAGGUGAGAAAGGAGAGAAGGGGGAGCUAGGCCAAAAGGGUGAGGUGGGUCCACCUGGAAGGCCUGGAUUUGAGGGAGGCCUGGGCCCGGUGGGCAGCGUAGGGCCUCGAGGCAUCACCGUGCAGGGCAAAACGGGUCCACCAGGAGCCAGGGGAGAAAAGGGAGAGCCUGGGCGGCCUGGAGGACAGGGUUUACAAGGACCCCCAGGCCCAAAAGGAGAAGAGGGGAUCCCAGGACCCAAGGGCAUCAGGGGUGUGGAGGGAAACAUCGGUGCUCCCGGCCUCACCGGACCCCGGGGUUUCCAGGGAAUGCCGGGACACCCCGGGCCCAUCGGGGAUAGGGGCCCUUCCGGACCUAUGGGACCUACGGGCCUGCCAGGAAAUAAAGGGGAGCGAGGAGAGAAGGGGGAACCUCAGUCAAUGGCCAUGAUCUAUCAACUGGUGACGCAGGCCUGUGAGCAGCUAGUGCACAAGGAGGUGCUGAAACUCGACAUGUACAUCAACGAGAUUGGUCGUAAACCAGCUCCUAUCGAGGAGCCCGUCGGGCCCCCGGGGGAACCAGGUAUACCGGGGUCCAGGGGCCCACCCGGUGGAAGAGGCACUCAGGGGGACACUGGCACCAGAGGGAAGCCUGGCAGGCCUGGUUAUCCAGGAGAACAGGGAAGGAGAGGCUCACCGGGGGAGAAGGGAGAGCCGGGGAACAAUGCGAGUCCAAGCUGGGAGACCCAGGCCCCAAAGGAGACGAGGGCAGACCGGGCCCACCGGGGAUCCCCGGACCUCCGGGCCAGCCGGGCGAGAUCGGCCCACCGGGCGUGUGCGACAGCAGUGGAGGCUGCCAAAACGUUCCUCAGCAAACCGAUGAGGCUAAUUACGCCUACCAGCCCUGAGUCCACAUUCAGAGGCCCAGCAGCCGGACGCGGCCGAACAUCUGUGAGGACGGCGCCCGCCUCCUCUGGAGGAGGAAAACCAGGAAGGGCAUCCCAGAAGAAACUAGACAUGAGGAAUGACGCAGAAGCCUCUCCUUUUACAGCACGCGGGAGCAUGAAAAGACACAAGAACUGUUCCAUUCUUCUUGUGACCGUCACUCUUAAAAGAUACAGACUAAAUUGUUUGAGGAUGGGUGAGAAAGGUUUUUCCCAGUGGGAUCAGUUAAGUCGUACACAACAUAUUCGCACUGAGACUUUUUUGUUACUAUUUCUUAUGCACUGUAUCGAUUCAAACUGUUUAGCCAUUUAUGAUCUUUAUAUAUUUGUAUUCUAACCUCAACUGCCUCAGAGUUAAUGAAAAAUAAUCCCUGAUAUGAAAGCUUUUUUUCUUCAGUGGCUUGAAUGAUACUGUGAGAACGUCUGCUAUAUGUAGAAUUUGUACAUGUUUAUUGUAUUUCUGUUAUCUCUUUAUCCAUGUAGAUUUUAUAAAGUAAGGCAGUUCAUGUUUACAUUUUCAGAUUUCUUGGGGUGUGUGGGUGGAAAACAUUACAUGUUUGAAUGAGAGAGAAAAUAGUUUCUUUUUUUAUUAAAAUCACAUG